UACGUCUUCACUACGUAUAAAACGCAUUUAGGAAAAGUGUACAAUGUCAAGAGCUUUUACUAAACUUUUUGGAAUUUGAUACUUUGUAAAAUUUACGUUGUAAGCGGAUUAUUGAAGUCAGGAAGACACACGGCUAUUAUUUUUAUAUGUCAAAGUACUAUCUACUUAUUGUGUUAUUACGGUUAUAAAACUAAAUGAUAUACAAAUUCUAUAGCACCUUUCAGUAGAAAUAUAUUAUAUUGCAACAGAGUAUGCAAACUAAUCAAAAGUUUAAGAAGUAUGAGAAUAAUAUGGAACGAAUUCGGGAAGACUCCGCAGAAAAAAAGAAUUUUUCAAAGUAUGCUAAUGCUCAAAGUAAUUCAAAUGUAUUGAAUAACUGGAGGAUACCAAACAAAAAUGUCGAAAAAAAUGGUAAGAGCAUACCAAAUUUUCAAAUUUACGGAACUUCUAGCAAAAAGAUUAGAAAAAAAAUUGAGUGUGCGGACAAGCCAAACUUUCAAAAUAAAAUGAAUGACGGUGGCACAAGUAAUAUUUCAGGAAACAAAUUUAAUAACAGUGCCACAUCUUUGAAAUUGGAUAGAGCUGUUAAUGAAAUGUUUCCAGAGGAACUAAGCAUCUUAAAUGAGGAACCUUUGAAUACAACGAAUCCAUUAAAGGCAAUUUUUGGAUACGUUCCAAUGGAUGAAGCCAAAUUGUGUAAAUUUUCGGUAAACGGGGAAUGUUUUAAAAAAUCUAAAUGUCAUUUAAAUCACGAAGAAAAAUUAUUGGAAGGAUGGACAAAAGAUAAGGUUGGUGUUGUAAUAUCAAACUGCAAUGAGCCUACCCAUCCAGCUUUUGGUACAUCUUUCCAAGUUAUACCAACAUUCAUAGAAGAAAGUGGCUAUAAAUUUUAUGGUCAGAUCAUAUCGCAUGACCUUCUCAAAUUUUAUGAGUUAAUGAGCAAUAUUAAUUUACCAGAGGAGCUCGAAAAAUUUGAAACAUAUUCAGAAAAUCUUAUUCCGACCUUAGCCGAACUAGUAUUAGCUAAAUAUUCAGACGGUUUAUUUUAUAGAGCCCAAAUAAUGGAUUAUGAUGAAAUUACAAAUUCAGUUUUUGUAUUUUUUGUUGAUUAUGGUAACAGUGAAAGUGUAGCUGUGGAAAAUAUUAGAAAAUGGAAGAGUCAAUUAGAUAUUGUAUCAUUUCAAGCUUUGCAUUUCACUUUAGAUGGUAUUAAAUGUGCAAGCACAAAGGAAACUGAAUUAAGAAUGUUUGUUGAAAAAAAUAUAUUAAACAAAUUUUGGCAUGCUUCUGUUGUAAAUCAUUUUGAUAGUGUUUAUAUAAAAUUAUUCAACGAUGACUGCGACAUUUCGAAUGAAAUUUUAAAGUUAGGACUUGGUGAAGUAAAUGAAUCAGUCAAUUUAUUAAAUAAGUUUGAUAAGCCAAUAAAAAUACCAGGAUAAUACUUUAUUACAUUAAAUAUUUAAUAAUAAUUAAGCUUGGACAUGUUAAAAUCGUUCAAAAUUUGAAUAUUAGGAACGCGUUUAAGUCAGACAUAUUUUUAGAUUAAAUCACCUUUUUAAUAAAUAAUAUGAGCUAAACCUAAAAAUUAGAUUAAGAAAAAAAUGGGAUUCAAAUAGUCAAACAAGUGAGAGAGCAACACCAAUUGUAUUUCAAAUUUAAUUAUUGUAGUUUUGUACUUGGCGUGGAUCUUAUGUAAUAUGUAAACAUUGUAAAUAAUAAAGUAAAGUUAAAAAUUGCUAAA